CCAUGUUGUGAAAGAACCUUUUUAUUUAUUUCCUUUUAUUGUAGUGGUCUGUGAUAAAGUUAUACCUGAAUUAAAAAGAUUUAUUCGUAAAAUAAUAUUACCUAACUUUUUUUAAGUGCUUUAAUUAAACGCAUCUGAUACAUCAGUGUUAUUCGCAUUUAUUCUGAAAUUAAUAUUUUUGUAAAAUGUCUAAACAGAAUUCCUGUAAGAAGGUUACUUUCUACCACAAUGUGAUAUUUUAGUUGAAAAGAUAUGUACCUCAAAUUAACCGAAUUAGUGAUUUAUCUUCAUAAUGGCUCAAAUUUUUUACACAACAGUUCCAAGCUCACCAUCUGCUCACCAGUCUAUUGAAGUAGAAAUUGAGCAAUUUUUGCAGACAACCGUUGUACUUAACACGGAUGUACAAGACAACAGUGUGGUUUUUGAAGAAGGAGAUUCAUUUCAAUGUGGAAGGUGUCAAAAUCAUUUUGCAUUUUUAGAAUUUAUUAUUCAUAAAAGAACUUGUCAAGGAGUUCAAUUUAAUCUUACUGAGGAGGAGACUGAAACUUUUUUAUCUCAGCCUCUUUCAUUGACUGCUGUAGAGGAUGAAUCCAUUAUUGACAAUAAUAAUCAGCAAAUAGUUAUUGGCAAUGGAGAAUUAUUUUCAUUUGCAGAGGAGUCAACACAAAAUGAAGUAUUGCAAGAGACUUUUCAGGAAAUCAGUCCAAUGGAAGAUGUGGAAUUUCAAACUUCUGUAGAUGUAUCUGAUUUAAAAACAAUAAGGAUAGUUGAAAAUGAUCAGUUGGAUAUUGGGCCUCUAAUAGGAGAAGACUUCAUUAUCGCUAAUAAUAAUAAAGAACCCACUGAAAUAAUACUUGCCGAAGGUAACAUUAACCGUUUAGAACUACCUCAAAUUGUUUCAUCGAUCGCUAAUGGAAGUGAAGAUUCUGAAAAUGUUAGACUAGAACUUCAGACUGAACCUGCCUUAACUAAUGUCAAAGAAAACGUUGCUACUGAAGAGCAAGUAGCAGAAGAAAGUAUUUUUGAAUCGAAUAUUCUUAAGUGUUCUGUUUGUGGAAAACAGUUUCGAAAGAACUUUGAUCUUCAGCAGCAUGUUAGGUCUCACACUGGGGAAAGACCUUUCCAGUGUGUUGUUUGUGGCAGAGGCUUUGCCCAAAAAUCAAAUGUCAUGAAACACAUGGCAACUCACAAGGUGUGGCCUAAACAGCUUUCUACUCUGCCACCUGUGCCUUCAAAUGUUGGUGAAAAUGAAGAAAGAUUGCUUAUUGAAAAAAUGUUUGCUUGCCAAUAUUGUACUUGUAUAUUUGAUAACUAUCAGGAUUUAAAAUCUCAUCGCAAAGAACACAUAAACCAAAAGGUUUAUAAAUGUGCACAAAAAUCAUGUCCUAUGACAUUUAAAGAACUGGAUGCAUUCCUUGAACACACUUUUUCUCAUACUGAAAAAGCAUCUUAUGAAUGCCAUAUUUGCCAUAAGGAAUUCAAAUCAUUGGAUGAUUUGGGGCAACACCAGAUAUUCCAUGAAGAGGGGAAAAUACCCGCUAAACAAGUAUCAUGCUGUAAAUGCCGUGCCAAGUUUAUGAGUAGUGAAUCACUAGAAAAACAUAUGCUCACUGACAGUCAUAAUUACCCUUGCCCAAGCUGUGAUAAAGUUUUUGCCUGUGAAAGAUUUCUUAGGAGGCACAUUAGUAUACACACUACUAAUAUGAAGUAUAGUUGCCCAGAAUGCAAAAAGCCAUUCAGAACUACUCAUUACCUCAAUAUGCAUAAGGUUAUUCACACAACCGAAAAACCUUAUAAUUGUACGAUAUGUCCUGCAUCGUUUAACCGAAGAGAUAAAUUGGCUAGACAUAAUUUGACUCAUGAAAAUGCAAAACGUUUUAAGUGUUAUGCCAAGACUGGUUGUGACAAGCAAUUCAACAGAAAAGACAAGCUGAAACAGCAUAUUUUAACUCACUUUGCUUGGAAAAAAUUUUCUUGUCAAUACUGUUCUAAGCCUUUAAGUAAUGUUUCUCAUGUUGAAAACCACGAAUUCCUAUGUUCUACUGCCUUGAAAAAAAAAGCCAAAGCCAAAGUUAACCGGGAAAGAAUAAAAAACAACAAUAUGCCGACUAUAGAAAUUGUUCUUUUUCCUCUUUCUGAACAUGAAAAUUUUCUGAUUCCUGAUCUUAUAGUUCUUUCAAAAGAUAACAAUAACCCAUCCGGUCUCACUGCCCUGCCAGCAAUAGAGCCAAAAAUGUCAACAACUUAAGUAAGGUACUUUUAAUUAAUUAAGUGAUCUAUAUUAUGUAUGCUACUCAUACAAUAGCUCCAGUGGAGGAGUAAGUAUAACCCUAUUUUAUGUGACCCUUGAAUUAAGUGUCUUUACAUAUUGAUCUCUUGAUACUCUCUUUUUAUUUUAUUUUCAAGCAUUCAUCUUUUAAUUAGUUAUACUCCAUCGAUCUCAGUUACUGUAGACCAUCACACAGUUCUUUUUCCUGUUCCCAUAAAAUAUUAUUUUUGGCACUUAAACGGGACCAAAGAAUCAUUGAAUACAGUAGUAAUAUGUAUUUCCAUAGAAAGAGUCGACUGAAGCCUGUUCUAUUCAUUUUUAAAUGUUUUUAGAUUUUAAUUUUAUUGUAAUUUUAGAAUUUUUUUAAUCAAGAAAUCCCUGGGUGGUAAUCCCACCAAUAAAAUAAAAAAGUCUUCUUUAAUCAUUAGUAAUCAGACUCCUCUAGUCAACUUGGGAAAACGUUCCAAUGUCUAAUUGUAUAUAUGCCUUAUCUGUGUGAUAAAUAUAUAUAUAUAUAUAUAUAUCAGUAGGUUACCUAUAGACGUAUUUAAGUUCUAGUGUUAAGUGUUAUAGUAAAAUGGCAUUAAAUUGGAAAGCAAUAUUUUUACCAAAUAACCAUAUGUUACUAAUGUUAAAGACCUGGAACACUGUAAUUCCUCUUUGUAUGUAAGUUAAUUAUUGUUUACUUUAAGAUAAUUUUAUGCGGCCUAAUAUUAUUUGAUCAUCGAAGGCAUUCUAUUAUGUUGUGUACAGUAACGUAUUGUUAGAUUCCUCUAUAUAUGAACUGUGGUUUACCAGAUGUACGUAUUUUGCCUAACUUAUUUGAAAACCUGUUUUUAGAAUUAUAUAAUAUAACUUGAAAUGAUUAAUUAACAAUGUGAUAAUUUUUUUCACAAAAUGUGAACUGAUUAAAUGUACUUUGCUUAUAUUUAUAUAAAUAUAUAUACACAUACAUAUAUUAUAUAUUGUCAUAUCAUUAUUUUCUAAGUCAUAAGUUGUUAUUUUGCAUCAUCUUUAUGUAGC